AUGCAGCCACCGCCACAGAGGAAGGUAUAUUCUAUUCAGGCUUAAAAGAAUGGGGCUAGGAAAUUUUCCGUUGCUUACGAAAGCGUCUUGUUUUGUUCCACUGCAGGGUAAAUUGGUCCAACUUCUACGCAAUGUACAAACAGAGCAAUUCUCGAAAUUGCAACAGCGAUACCAAUUACAGACCGAUUUACUCGAAGACGUCAGGUACAUGUUCUCAAGGUUUUUAUCACGGCAACACGGGCCGUUUAGAGGCGCGUUAACUAACCAUCGUACCGUUUUAGAUCUUACAUGAAACAGAAGUCUGGCAUCGAACGUGACUAUGCUCAGGUGAGUUCGUAGAGUAUGCCCUAUACAAUUCUACCAUCCGAUAAAACUCAAGUGUUUAUGUCGUGUGAUUAGUUUUUAAUUAGGGCACUACACCACAGCUGAUGCUCGUAUUGUUUACAAUAAAUUCAGUAUGGCGUUUGUGUGGAGUUGUAUACACAAAAUCCUUUUGUAUUUGUUUAAAUUCGCGAUAGUCUGUCAGCUUUCUGUUUUGAAAUUUCUACUCGGCUUGACUUUGUGGUUCGUGCUACCUGCAUGUUUUUGUGAGAUUAUCUUCUCACACUAGUUUGGGAAUGGCUUUAAUACGAAAUUUGUUCAAAUAAAACGCCCCGAUCGAAGGAAGUUAUCGACAGGCAAUGAUGCAUUGAUUGUAUUCUUGAAUCUUGUUGAAAACAAAGAAACUGUAAUGAAAAAAUUACCAUUUUAAAAUUGAGACAAUCUCGACGUGGAAAAAAAUCGGUUUGUUGUGGCAAUUCUUGAGAUCGAAAAAAAAUAAUUUGUUGUGAUUUGGAUAGCAUAUUUGCCUUAAAGUUUGAAAGUUAUUGAUAAUUUAAUGGGGAUAUUUUGAUAUGUAUAUAUAUUUAUAUAUCCUUGUUGACAUAAUUGAAUUCAAAAUAGUUUACAAAUCCUUCGUGAACUUUAUUGUGUAUAUAGUAUGUGUAGCAUUAUGGGACAAUGACAGUUUGUACUAGCUGCCAAUUCUUUCAUGCAGUUUGAUUAAUAUAGGGCUUGCCAAUUCUUAAAUCUUAACUGUUGAAUGUUUUUGAUUUCAACAACUUAUCAUCUAGCAAAAGAAUUUUCAAAUAUCAGAUAUAAUGUUAUUAUCCUAUAUGUACUUGAGGUGCAUGAUUUUAAAUAUUAAAAUAGCUCACUUCUCAUUGUGUCAGAGGGGAUUUAUUAUUUGUCCAGUCGAAACCUCUCUUUGCAACUUACACUUCUUGUAAGCAGAUUAAACUCUCAAAUUAAAUCAGACAGUAUUUCUUGAGUCCUUGUGAACUGCUAUAUUAUGACCUCUCUUAAGCAUAUCAGACGCCAUAUAUUAACCCGGUAACAAAAAUGUAAUCCAGUUGCAGACAGAGGAAGAAAUUUUCAACAAAUAUGCCAAAGGGGUUCCGGUGUCCAUUUGAGGCUCUGAGAUAUGAUGUUGGUAACCUGAUUAAAUGAAUAAAAAGUUCUGAGCACUAGUUGUGCCAUUUGGCUGACAUUAGAUAUGUUUUCUAAGAUAAUCAAUCAUGUUGAUUUAGCAUUGUUGUUUAAUGUACAGUUAUAACUAUUGAUUUUGAUUAUCAGUAUAGAGCUCUAAGGAAUGCAACACAGAACAAAACAGAUUGCAUAAAAUGCAUGUUGUGGCAUAUGACAGGAUCGUACAUUGUUUGGUAUAUUGCUAACUUUAGCUUAAGUUUUAUUUAAUAGUCAUAUUGACAAUGUUAUAUGGGUGCAUGUGAUUGCAUGUUUGCCACUUUAUUGCUCUUAAUUUGAACAAUGCUUGUGAAUUGUGAUAUUUGGUACCAGAUUAUACAUGCAUGGUGUCUUUCCAGGUUGUAUGUCUUUCAAAAUUAUUAGGGGGUGCCCCCCUGCCCUACCCUAGUUUCCACCACUGAUGCAGACACCAAAAUAAAAAUCUGAAGUAUAAUUUUAGCCUCUUCUGUAAGUCCAUUUUCAUUAACCCAUUAAGCGCCAGCACUCUCCCCUUGACGAGUAAAAUCGUCUGGCGUUAGACAGAGUAAAAUAAUAAAGUAGGGCGCAUUAGGGCGCAAUGUGACUCAAUGGGUUAAAUAGACGCAUGGGCAGAUAGGCCAGUUAACCCAUUAAGCGCCAGCACUCUCCCCUUGACGAGUAAAAUUGUCUGGUGUUAGACAGAGUAAAAUAAUAAAGUACGGUGCAUCAGGGCGCAAUGUGACUAAAUGGGUUAAUUACUUUCUUUAAAGUGGAAGUCAAGUCUGUUCUGCGCAUCGGUUCUGCUCAUAACAAUGUGAGGACCUAGCUAGCUCUAAUGUGGAACAUUGCCCAAAUUUCGAAUGUUUCGAAUUUUUCUGAACAUAAACUCUAUUUCAUAUUCAUUUUGAAGCAUAAGCGAACCAAAAUGCAACCAAAAUGGUGUUAGAUAUUCAGAGAGUACAUCAUAUUUUAAAAAAUACAGCAGUUCAGAAUGUAAACAAACCGUUCUGUUUACAUUACGCACUUGACUUCCACUUUAAAGUAGUCUAUUGAUAUAGACGCUGUGUUGAAAUACCUUGGGUGAAUUAAGAUUUAAGAACAUUUGUUUCAUGUUGAAUGUUGAUUAUAAGGACUAAUCUAAUGAAGGAAGGCAAACAUUUAUCAUUAUUUCGGUGACAAAUGUUUAGUCUACAAUUAAAUAGUAAUGACCUCUCAUUGUAGUCUGAUAUUGAUUAUGACAGUUUUGAGUAGAAAUAAGAAAUAUCACAAACUUAUUUGGUUUUCUGGUUAAUUCAGUCAAAAUUUUGGACUAAAACAGUUCUAAUUACUCUGAGUGUAUAUCCACACCGGGCAGGCCUGAAAAAUAUGACUGGCCACAGUGGGAAUUGAACCUAUGAGUACAACCAACUAGCCCAAUGCUCUGCCAACUGAGCUACGCGGUCAAGUUGGUUCGAGUACGGUAUGUGAUACUUCGGAACUGAGUCUAGUUCCUUUGAUAUCAAUGUAAUCUAAUAAUCAUGAUAUUUGCUGUGUUGGUGUAAUGUACUCAGGUGAAUAUGAUGCUAAGCAGCUUGUGAAUAAGAUGUUGUAGGUUCAAUUCCCACCGUGGCCAGGCAUAUUUUUCAGGCCUGCCCGGUGUGGAUAUACACUCAGAGUAACAUCACAAGCAUCUUAUUCACCUGAGUACAUUACACCAACACAGCAAAUAUCAGUUCUAAUUAAUUUCGAGUUUGGUGAUACCGCUGCAGGUGCUGGUAUUGAUCUGUCAAUUUCACCUGAGUUUACAUGGAGAGAAUGUCCUCAUUUUUUAAUCUCAUCUUCUAAUGGGAUGGCCCAAGAUCUUUCUUAAUUUCUGUUGCCUGGGAUUUCCGUUUCCCAUGUAGAACCGAAUUACAUCUACAUGGUGCUAGCCUUGGCAUUCCAUUUUUUUUCCAUAUGCCUCCUAAUUUCAUUCAUAUAAAGCACUUGAAGAAUUGAAGUGUAUUGCCCCUGUGCUUGUGGUGUGUUAAAUUGCAGUAUUUUAGUUGGUUCGAUUCCUGCUAGGGACUUAUACAGUAGCUGUUCGUGCAUGGUUAGGUCUAAUAAAUGUGUGUUGUGCAUUCUAUAAAUUAAAAAUAAAAUAAUAAAAUCUUAGAAGAAUUGACCACCAAUUAUAGCGUUCCAAUUCAUGCAAUGAUUAGGGAUCAUAACAUUUUAGUCAUAAUAAGAUUGGAGACAUUGAGUAUAGUUAAAUAUUAAUCACCUGAGAAUUCAUCGUGAUAAUAGCGCGAUAUAAAAUAUGACCACUUAUAGUAUAAUCAAUUUAUAAAUAUGUAUAAGUUGAAUAAGUUUUAAUUACUCCAAAAAACUGCACAUGGAUCCCUAUAUAGGGAUUCAACUACCUGAAAAAUACAAGUAAAGCUUCGUCUUCAGAGUAAUCGUCUUCGAUAUUUCCAGCGUUAUCCCAUACCUGUGCUAACAGCGGCUCAUGGCUGUAGAAAGUAGGAAGUUAUGGAGCGACGCUACCUCCAAGCUCUAAAGGGCUAACUCCAAACCAAAAAAUACACUUGAGUAACUUGUGUAAUUCAAGACUGAGUUGAAAUAUGAAUUCUGGAGUUACUGAAAAACUCCAAAAAUGAUUUGGAGCUAAGUAUACAACUGCAAAAAUAAUUUAGGAGCUAGGUAUCUAAGCCUGGAGUUACUGGCUAACUCCAAUAAUCAUUUGGAGCUACGUAUAACUCCAAAAAUCAUGAAAAAACAAGGUAUCUAAGCCUUGAGUUACUGCCUAACUCCAAAAAGUAUGUGUAUAGCGAGGCGAGUCAGCCUAUAGCCGCUAGGAACAUACAUGUAAGGUUGAAGUUACUUGCUGUGUUGCUAACUCCAAAAAUCAUUUGGAGCUUGUUAUCUAAGCCAGGAGUUACUGACUAACUGGAAUAACUGCAAGAACUCUCAGAAUGCACUUCUAUAUUCCACUGUAUUAAAUAAGACUGAAAUAUCCACAAUAUGCGCAUAAACAUGACAUUGACACACUUGGCAUUUUGUUCUCGUUCAGAGGCUAAAUUUUGAUCUGCAUUUGAGGCAAAGUGGCAAACCCAUUCUCGUACACCGCGUCCUUGUCAUGCUCUGUUGAUCGUGUGUAAGGCGGGCUCUGGGUACGAGAAUGUGGCAUAGUCUAGCUCCAUUAAAGAUUGGCUACCUCCACAAAAAUAAAAUCUACAGGUAUGCAGCGGCUUUCUGAUUGUUUCCGAGCAGGUGAGUUUUUGCCUUUCGCCGAACUCGCUCACGAUAAAGCUGCUUACGUUGCCAAAAAAUGUAAAUGGCGGACAAAAACCCCUCAACUUUAAAGAUCUUUUUGGGUAACUAACCUGCUAGAAAAGCCAAAGAAGGCAAUUUGGAUGUAGAUAAAGAAAUACUAAGAGCCCAAUAAUUUUUUGGCCGAGAAAAUGUUGACAAUAUCUCGACGAAUAUAUCACAAAGUCAAAGAGCGGGCGUCCCAAAACAACUAAAAAGUUUCGCAGAUAAAAACCGAAAGUACGUGCAGGUUCGGUGCGUCCGUGGUUGACGCCAUUUUUACAAAAAAAAACUCCGGCCAUUUUUGUCACUCCUAAAAACUCCUAAAUCUUUGUUUUUUGUAUUAUUUCUGCUGGAAAUUGCUGUAUCUUAUUGGCUAUCUUUGUUAUUGUUUCAUAUUUUAAGCCAAUCAGAAAGCCAUGAAAUUUGCACUGCUCUAAUCCAAUCAGAAUUGACAAAAUGUUUUCUUGUAUAUCAUUAAUUAACGGGAAAACAGACGGAAAUUCAGUACGGCACGUGUUUUGUUUCCAUUCGCAUUACUCUCUCAAGACUACAUGCCUGUAGGUUUCUUUUGAAAGCUUGUUUAUCUUAAAAUGUCAUCUUUGAUAUGACCGAAUCAAAUCAAAGUUUUGCCUGGGUAACAACAUGAAAAAGUACCGAAACUUCUUUAGUAAUUAAACCAAGAUGAUAUAUUUUUGUCAUUCUCCAAAAACGUCUUUUUUUUCGUGUACGUCAGUCCGGUCAUGCAUAUACAGUAUACGUCUCCUCAGUGGUUGUAAUUGGUGAUACAAUCUUAAAAACAGUGGUAUCAAGUAUACGUAACGAAGUAAAUGUUCUUCGUUACUGUCCUUGAGUUCAGUACUAUUUUUGAGAAGUCAACAUAUAACAAAGUAAACUUUUUCUGGAGUGCUUUUACUUGGAACGAAGUCGUCUUAAGAAGUAACGUUUUACUUCGUUAUUUUCAUUUUGUGGCGAAGUAUUUCGUUACUUUCUCACAUUUGUUUAAUUUUACGUGAUUUAUUCCUGAUUUAUUGUAAUUUUGGGAUAGGUGAUAGGAUCUCUACAUGCGACUGGGAUCUCUCGUUUGUGGCUUACUUAUAAGCAUUUAUUUAAUGGAUUUCUUAUAUCUUCAACGUGGUCUGGAAAAUAGACCAUGCCAUGAAAUAUUGUAUAUAAUAGGUGCACGCAUAUAAUACGUGUGCUGUUUUGUGUCUUUUUUAUGUCAAUCCAUUGGAGAAGUCCCCCCCCCCUCCCCCCCUCUCCCCCCUACACGCUGCAGACAAUUGUACUUUUACUUUUUACUUCAAGUAUUUUUAAGGAUACUUUGUACUUUUUACUUAAUAUUUACGUUUUGCCUCCAGUGCUUCUUACUCUUACUCCAGUCGUUUUAUUGUUAUUACUUCUACUUUUACUUGAGUACAAAUUCAAAGUAAUUUAUAGGCACCACUGUGUAAAAAUUAUAUUUGACUAUAGUUAUAAUUGUUGAUAUUUUGCCUCAAAAUAAUUUAAUUUAAAUGCCAGUAAGCGUAUGAAUCGAUCAAUUUAAUAGUUAAGUACAUAAUCAAUUUAAUAGUUAAGUACAUUGAUAAUUAAGAAAUUAGUUAAUGAAUUAAUGCAAUAAAAAUUGCAAAUUAAAGUUAAAUGUUAAAGUUCUCUUUUUUUCUGUUAAAGGCAUUACAGAAGCUCAAUGCUCAAUACACACAAAAACGCGAUUAUUCCGUUGAAGAUGAAUCGGAUCAAAACUUAAGGUAUAGAUUUUCAUUUCAUUGGCUAAUAUUUAAGGGAAAACACUACCUCAAGUGUUUCUAUAACUGUACAUAUAGAAACAGAGGGGAAAUGUUUUUUGUAUUUCUUUUAUAAUAUAUAGAACUGAAGAAAAGUUUUUAUAGCCAUUUUUCAAUCGAUUAACUUACAAAUUCUGAUUACUUCAGUACAACUGUCCAUUCGAUCUAAAAUAGUUUCAAUUCUCUAAUAGAAUUCAAUAAUAUAAUUUUCUUUUUAAAUUGAGAAUACCCUUUUGUCAAAACUACUAUUAUAGCACAUUCUUUUCGCUUACAGGCGCAUGUUAAAAUUGUUUUGUUUACGUUUUAAAAAUCAAAGCUGCAUGCAAGAUGGGAAAUUUCUCGUGUUUCCAUAUAUAGUUAGAAACCACACUUUUAGAUUAAUCAAAGCUCGCGCAUAUAAAUGUUAUAUUAUUAAAUCAUUUUGUAAUGUGAAUUUGUUUGUGAAGUACGUCUUAUCCAAGUGACCUAUUCCUUAAACGCAACGAGAUUCACGAUUUAAACACAAGGAAUUUAAGGAAGUUCUAAAUAUCCACCGCAUACAAACGAUUUGGAAUAGCAUAGACAACGACUUGAAAAAAUUACCCUUAAAAACAUUCAAAACUGAGUUGAAGAAGAAAAUGUUUGGACACAAUUAACGUUAUUGUAAAGAUUAAAUAUUUUAUAUAGAACUUUUAUAUAGAACUUUUAAUAUUUUAAAUGCAAAUAAGUAUUGAAAAACCCGGAUAGGGAAUACUGUAUUUUAUAAUAGUAAUAAUAAUAGUUUCCAUAUUUAGCUGUAACCUACUGGCCAAUCAGAGGACACGUAGUGACUACUAUAUAUAACUUAUGUUUAUUAUUUAGGGGCGUUUACCACACGUAAACAAGACGAUAACUCACGUCAUUGCUUCAUUGACGUAUUUUUAACAUUUGCUAAUUUUACAUCGACCAUUCGAAUUAAGGUCGCCUUUGAAGGUUUGGAAAAGUUAUCUAGACCAAAUGGAAGAUAUGGCAAAACGAAGAAUUACGGUUGCUGAAAAAGCUCAAACAGACGUUGCUGAUAAAAUAAAAACUGUUAAAUCAAAUAAAAUGACCACUUUUAAAAAGGUAAAAACUAUGAAUAGCUCGAUGAAUUUGCUGGGAUAAUUAUAUCAAAUAAAUUUGGCAUUUUGUUGAUUUAAGAUAAUAGUUUUUCAUAUUUGGUUUUUCAUUCUUUAGUCCCAAGAUCUCUUUCAGAGAAUAUAUGAAGAAUUAAAUUUAUCACUUAGAGAAAUGUCAAAAGUAAGAAUGCCACUGUCGUUUUGGGAAGAAACUUAAAGUGUCGUUUGUCCAAUUUGAUGUAGAAAGUUUCAAUUGUUUUCUUCAAUUCGUUACUGUAGUGUAGGAAAGCUUAUAUGGAAUUACAGAAGCUGGCCGAGAUAGCGGAAAAAGAGACCGGAGAAGCACAAGACAAGUAUGUAUCAAGUAUUUUGUUGUUGUCGCACUACGCAUAACUUGCAGUACGCAGCUCGCAGUACGCAUAACGUACGCAUGACUGAUUGUACAUCAGUACUUAUAGUAUCUGCAGGAAAUAUUAAAUGUUUUUAUGAAAAAAUUUAAAUGUUUAAACAUGAAAUUUUAGAUUAAAGAAAGGUGAAACGUUCUUUAAAUCAAAAGCGACUUUAGAAAAGAAUUUUUCAAAGGUAUGUUGGUAGUAGUUGAUACUCUUGCCGUAUUUAUAUGCAGGAUUGAGUCAGAAGAAGUUUAUAUUUUGUUUUAUUUUAUACUUUAUUUCUAAGUUUGAGCAUUUCUGUUAGAUCGCUAGUGUUCAGUUCAAACAGUACAAAAAUACAUAAUAUUAUAAUAUAUAAUGCAAGAGGGAAAUUGGAAUAUUAUAUAUUAGGUUUAAAUAGACUACCCAUAUUUUUUAUCUUGUACUUUCAAUGAUUCUUGAAAUGGUUUGUAUAUCCGGGUUAUGUUCUUAAUUGUUUUUGAGUUAUUUUGUAAAACGAUCUGGAUGAACGCAAAAACAAUUACUUUCAAUGAUGUUAUAUACUUUUACGACUUUAUAUUUUAGAGCUCCGAGCGAAGAGAGAUCUGUGUACGACAAGCGAACGCGAGUCGGAAUGAAUACCUUCUAUCACUUGCCGCUCUCAAUGGACACAUGAAGAGAUUUCGAGAAAUUGAUUUAACGCAAAUUCUAAAGGUUGGUAUGGCCGUUUUUAUCGCAGCAGAUUUAUAUUAAAGAAAUAUUUGUGGGCAAAAAUUGUAUGCCCAUAUUUGGGGGGAGGGACAUUCAGGUCUAAGUGAUUUUUUAGCUGCACUAAACGUGCACUUUUACACGUCACGGACGUUAAUAACCCCACUGAGAGCUUUUGGAUUGAGAAACUUAAUAGUUAUGUGCCACGUGGGCUUAAUUUAAGGGAAGAGGUUUAAUUAAUUUAUGUAUAGCCAAUUGCUAGACUAUUUAAGCAAGAGACGGAGAUGAUGUAGCGUUAUUCUGAAUUCUAUAUGCGUUGUUAAUUAAACUCAUCCUCAAAUUUAUUUCAACCUAUUCGGUUCCGAUGUAGGACCUUGAUGCAGACUUUUACGAGCAGAUGAAGGAAUAUCAUACGUCAGCAAGUCUUAUGGAAGUUGAAGCAGGCUUAUACGGCCAAGAUGGUUUUAAUGCUAUUGUUUCAAAUGCAGGACUGGUGAGUGUAUAGUACUAGCAACAUUGUUAACGUCUCAAUGCCACGUCUUACUUGUACAUCACAACAUUAUAUAUUUCUUAUCAUACAUAUUUAUGCACAGUUUUGUGAAUAGGUACCGUAAUUGACUUCCUGGUACUUUUAAAGUGCCACUAACCCCAAGUAUGAUUUUUGAUAUGUCUAAUAUUUGCAUCCUUUUACCGCAAAGAAACCAUAGAUAUCUUAUAUACACUAGAUAGUGCAUCUAAUUAUUCUGCAAUUCAAAAAUCAAAGCCGUGAUUGCAGGCUCAGGAUAUUCCCAUGAAAUGAGAAGACUCGUAUGUUUUCUAUUUCUUAAACAGGGAACUUAAACAUUAAGAAGUUAAACCUAUUCCAAAUACAUUUUCAAAUUGUUCAAAUGAUGAAAGUUAUUGUUGUUUUUCAAGUGUUUAUUAGCGAGUGGGAACUACCAACAUGGCCGCCAUCUAUUCAAAUGGUGGUAACCGCUGGAAUAUUCUUGGCUUCAAUUUUACUAAAAGAGAUGCGCUAUCUAGUGUAUAUAAGAUAUCUAUGUAAGAAACAUGCAAAGAGGGGACCACAGUAUGCCCCUUGCAUUUAACCAAAAUGUUGUAUAUCGUUUUAAUUAAGCAUGUUUUUAUCAGCUGAAAAGUCGUUGUUUUGAUGUAAGCAAAAUUUGAGUUUUGGGAAAAUAAUGCGAAAGUCAGUAGCUGGAAGAAUUCUUUAUUAUAAAACACCUCAUAUUUAUCAACUAUGAUGGGAUUGGAUGAACUACAAAUUAGUUUUCCUUUACUUUUAUCCAAACAUUACACAUACCAAAAAUCAUCUUUGCCUUUUGGGAUUAGUGACACUUUACUGUAUUUACUACCAAAAAACAGCUAUUCAUGACAUGUUAUUGAUUCAUUCGUGGUGUUUUUAUCAGAAUAUAGUAAACUAGGCUAUGUUCUGCAGUAAUUUCGAUGUGCUCAUUAAUUUGUGUUCGCAUUAAUUUCGUGGCAGAUUGAUCGCAAUGCAAGUAUUACAUAUUUUCUUGAGAAGAAUGCAAUGUUCCAGAACAAAACGACGUACGCUUUUGAACCAUAUGGCGAAGAUAAGGUAUACGUUAUCUAUACUAAAAUGUUUAUAUCUAGCCUACUCUACGACAGGUAUACAUAAUUCCCUGCGAAGAUAUUUUUUGUUAAAAAAUUUCCUGGCAGCGGUGCUGCUGGCGCUGCCGGGCAUUUUUCAACGCUGCCGUGUUAUGUACGUGCAUAUUCUGUAGGCUGGUUUACACGACAACUGUGUUGGACAAAGCAUGCACGCGGCAGCUGUGCUCAAAUGUUCAGGUCACUAUGGGCACUUGAUUACAUGACAAUUUUUACGAGAGAUGUGGGCACAUCAUGCGCAUCGAACCGCUCCGGGAGAAGAACCAUCACUUUCUAUAGUGACAAUGGUAAUAUUUUGUUAGCUGCAUGUUGAAAUAAAGUUCAAAUAUGGAAACAUUGACGGACGUUUCGGUAUUUCAAAUCACCAUAAGCUUCUUCUCUAAUAGUGCAUAUUACCUAAGAAAUAGAAAAUAUUAUCCAUCCUUGUUUCUAUGAACAUGCAGUUAUAUAUAGUUACUGUAUUUUCAUAUCGAUUAAUAAAUACAAAUCCUCCUUACCUGAGCAUAACUCCACUCGAGGUCGCCCUUUGCACGCGAAUUUUAACUGAAAAUUCGCUUUCUGUUCCGAGGUUCCUGAAUUUCGUUGUCAAAAUUAGAAAUAUCAGAAUUUUUUCUCACAGCGCGCGCGUGUUAAAAUUAUUUUGUUUACGUUUUUAGAAUCAAGCUUAGAGACUGGAAAUUUCCCGUGUUUCAACACAAUUAUAGAAACACGCUUCUCGUCCAAUGACCGAAGUUCUGUUACAAAAAUGCGUUUAACGUUAACAUUUGGUUCUACCUUGAUUAGGUUUCUACCAUCACAACGGACAGUACAGUUGCCCUUGCUGUUGAUAAAGAGGCGAGGAAGUUGGCGACGAAAUACGUGCGAGAACAAAGGUCGUUGAAGAAUAAAUUUUCAAAAAUGAAUGCGUUAGAAUCAAGUCAGGUAUACAGCUUCUUUACAAUAUAUAUAAUAUCAACAUUCACACCAAAUAUACAUGCAUGCAGCAACCCCUCGCAAUUUCAAACCAAAAACCGUAGCUAUAUUUUCCAUGCGAGAAUUUUUAAAUUUCAACAUAUUCCAUUCCCUAACAGACAAAUGAAAAAGAAAAGAAAUUAACAUAAAAAUCCAAAUAUCAUGAUUUUGUUCGGACUCUGUUUUACUUUAUGUUGUUUUAACAUGAAUUGUAGACGCCAGUAUUCAUCGAAAUACACCCUUCCGGAAAGGACUGAUAUAGUCUACUCAAUUAUAGAAAUUAUAUUGAAUUACUUUAUUAUAGGAAAUUAACGAUGCACUUUAUUAACGCGGAUUUUAAAAAUUCGCGUUAAUUUAAUUAAUGUUAAUUUGUGUGAUCGUUAAUUUUAAGUAUGUAAUUUUCAUUUAUCGUUAGUUAAAAAUACCUAGAUUUGCUUUAUAUAACACUAACUCUUUUAAUAUCAAAAUACAGCAUAUUAACGUAAACUAAAAACAUCAGUGCUCCUCUUAACAUUAAACCUUUGUUGUUGUUGUUGUGUCUAUAUUUUCCGAUUCGCGUUAAUUUUAUUAAUUUGUCAACCAUGGAGAUCAGAUUCGCGUUAAUAUAAUCAUGUUUUAAAAGACCUAGAAGCAAUCCGCGUUAAUUUGAUGUCGCGUUAAUUUAUGUCGCGUUAAUAAAGUGCAUCGUUAAUUUCCUAUAAUAAGGUAUUCGAAUAUAAAAAAAAAGGUAAUCCGACAUACCGCGACCGUAGUUUGUCGAAGCUUGAAACUGGAACCAAACAAUUGGGCCUAGUUUAUAAAAUAAAUUAUAUGACAUAUCUUUUAGACUGAUGAAACGUCAGCACCGGCCGACGGACAGGAACCUCCGUUAACCGUAGAAGGUUUGCAGGAAGCGAUACGAAAAGUUGAGGUUAGUUUAUAGCUAAUUCAAAAAAGAUUCUCCUUUGAAACUCUAAACCUCAAACCUUUAACGUUAAAGUAUUAGAACAAAAAGGGCAAUGAGAACACUCAGUGUUUGCCGUAUUCCGUCAGAAAACGUAAUUGUCAUAAUGCUUGUGCAUACAGCCAAGAUUUACGAUGGAGAUCGUUCCCAUUGCACCUUUCGCGCUUAGGUCUAAGGUUUAGAAGGACAAUCUUUUUAGUGUAAAGUUUCUUCGAAUUGUGAUGAGUGGGGAAAAUUCAAACGAAUCAGUCAUUCAGUCAUAGUGUAAACUUUCCGGGGGGGCGUAUACACUGCUACACCACAGAUAGAUGGCAACACUCAGUACACUGUAUGAUUGACUGGUGCAUCAAUGCCAUACAGAGCGAAAAAUUGCAUCAGAUCAAUAGAGCGUAAACAACUAACAGAAGCGGGUGUUUAUAUCAUUCUAUGGCGUUUGUUAUAGACCUUAUUCAUAAAUCGUGACGAGGCCUCGUAUCCUAGGAUACGGGAACAAAACGCGGGAAAACAAGCGAAAACUGCUUGACAAGCCAAAUUCAGAUGCUAUUGUGUCGACUUUCACGGCUUGUUUCUUGUUGCUUUUUGCGAUUUAUAACGAUUUUUGUGUGUAUUUUAAGACUUUGUGCCCACAACGAAAGCGGUAAACGAGUAUAUUAUAAAAGCGACCGGUUUUUCUCGCGUUUUAGUGUGGAAAAAAUGACAACGUAGCGAUGGUGUUUAUCCAGAAGUGGAAAACAGUAUUUUACUGAGAUUUUAACGUCAAUAUAAAGGUUAUUCCGUGAAAAAUCAAGACAGCUAUGGAAUGAAAGUAUAAUUUUUCGAAUUUGACAUUAAUAUAAAAGAAAACAAUAGGUCAAAAAUCACAAGAGAACGUCAAAUGUUAUUGAUUCGUACGGGGGAAUAUGAACUAUGGCUGUGGCUCGAUAACAUUCUGCAAGCAGCUUACAAGUUUAAAAAAUGAAGGCUACAUUACCUGAGUGAGUUGUAAUCCUAUUUCUUCAACAAUAGUUUCAUAUUUCCUACGAUUUUGGUGUUGUAUAGACGUUUUGUAGCCUUGUUGGUUGUUUGUUUUGGCCAUACAAACUACGACAAUAAUACAAAGUCAAAGGUUUCCGUUUUCGAUUGACUCCAGCAUCUUUUGCUUUAAAUAUCAUGUUAUAUUUUCUCAGAAGUAUUUUUUUCAACUUUCAAGCUCAGUUUUAUAGCUAUUAUUUUCGAAAAAAGCCGUAAUAUUCAGGAAAAAAGCUGCCAUAGCCGACUGCAAAAAAAACAUUUUGUCAAUUUUCCCGCGUUUUUCCCCGUUUCCUAGGAUACGAGGCCUCACACGAUUUAUGAAUAAGGUCUAUUAGUCGCCAUUCUCGCCAAAUGCCUUCGACACCGCCAUCUGUAAAAGCCAAGGUUGGUUGUCAUCUGCUAAAGGCCACUCUGAUCGCAUCUUGCCUUAUUUUGUUGGGCGGAGAUAUUUCGCAAAAUCCUGGCCCUGGAUAUCGUAGUUUGGACCACAUUAGGAAGAGCC